AAAAUUCGAAAACAAGAAACAGCUAAUCGCGGAAGUUUUACCAUGUUUUUAACAAAUGUUGUAGAUAGUCCUAUUUUAAAAGGCUAUGAAUUCAACAGUUGCGUUAUUUUUUACGAUUUUUAUGGUUUUCAUUUUCGGUUCAAAUGCUCUGGAGUACUCUAAUCGAUGGACAGUGCAAAUUGAUGGCGACAAUUACGAGGCUGAUAGACUGGCUCGAAAAUAUGGCUUUGUAAAUCACGGCAAGGUAGGUACUACGAUAUUGCGGCAGUUUUCAAUAUUAUGACAAUUUACUGACAACAUUCUUUAAGUGUAGAUUCACAUAUCCCUCGUUAUCGAUGACGAACAGUCAGGUAGUGUUGUUGUUCCGUAAUCCACAAUAAACGCUCGGUCUUGUCAAAAGCAUGAAACUUACGACAUUUUUGAGGAAAAGUGGAGGAUCGAAAUUGAUGAAAUUAAUAGAAACUGUAAAGUUAACCUGUUUAUCUUGCCAAGAUGACUUUAUGAUAAAACCCAUUGUAAUGACGUACAUCUGAAUGCAGCUACAAUGUAGGUAGCUGUCAAAGAUUGCGAGUGAUUUUUCAUGAUCUGUUGCAUGUAUGACAAAGAUGAAUGAUUAAUGAGUUAGGAAAAAAUUAUUUCGUAAAAUCCUAAGAGUAUUUUAGCCUGUGCAGGGCAUGACAAGCCAACAGCUUUAUAGUUUUGAGAAUCGAUAUCAAACAAUGAAGGGAGAUAUAUAAUUUUAUCUCACAGAACUUAUUAUGCACUUGUCACUUGAAACCCUCGGACCCCCACCCCACCUCCCCAACCACCCUCUCUGGGAUGAGUUAAGGGCAUUCACUUUUUAUGCAAGUGAAAGCAAGUUAAUUCUCCGCUCCUCAGGGCCAAAGUGAAUGAUGAACUCCCUUUGCCUCCAUAGGUCCCACACACAAGGUUCAACUGUACUCCCUUUUUGACCUUUUUAAAACUGUCUAUUCUUAUCGUCAAACGUAACAAGGGAUGACAAAUGAUAUGAUGAUAGCCAUUAAGGAACAUGUUGAAAAAAUGAAGACUAUCUGAAGACUUGACAACUUGAAGUCACAAAAUAUGAGAUAACAAAAAAUUACAAAUCAUGUUUUUCAGUCUUCUGGAGUUUUUAUAGAAAAUUAUGAUUCAAUCAUUAUAAGUGUCUUUCUUGUCAUUUCCACGAUACAGCUACAUAAUAAGUCAUUAAACAAUUGGAGUACUUAAUUAUACAGGGAAAAAUAAGCCGGGUGUUGUGAAGUUCUUGGAAAAUGGCACAAAAAAUGUGUUCAUGUCUUUAAAUAAUCCGUGACUCAUUUAAGACACUUCCUAUAUGCUUGUAUAAAUGGUAAAGUUUGUGUCUUAUUUAAGAUGUGUCUAAUUAUGUAAGCGGCAUUCAAAGACACUUUGCCAAGCAUAUUUCUUAGUUCUGAGAAGCAAAUAUGAAAAUGUAUACAGUGCGAAAAUGAAAACACUGACCACAAAGUGACGGCCCCACUUAUUCCCCUGUUAGGGAGGCAAAGACUGUUAUUUCUGUUAUAUCCCCCACCUACAUGUACUGGGGAACAAAAAUGGAGUGAUUAUGAAGUGAAAGUUCCCGCAUUAUCCCAUCAUCCACAAGAAGGGGAUGGGGCACGGUCUGAGGGUUUCAAAUAACUACCGGUGCAUUAACUCCUCACUCACCUGCUCAUACCAUCCAUGUGGUACCAUGGCCAAUGCAGUAAUAGCAUGACCAGAUGAAACUUACAAUGUGGCAAGUUGUUGUUGUCCUUAAUAUGCACAUGAAGUUUUGGGAAAAAUAGUCUCCCUCAUCUUUCCAACAUAGUAAAGUGGCAAGGUAGGAGGCAGACGGCAGCACGGGCUCUGAUCAACCCUAAACCAGCACAAUUUUUUUUUUCACGAAAAUCGAAUCCAGUUGCUAAAUAAACAUGUGAAGCUCGUGGACUAUGAAUUUCUCUAAACCACAAAUCCACUGAAGCAUCUGCAGCUAGCUAUGCGAAGUCAGCAGGCUCCAUGGAACUCGUACGUUAAGCUACUAAAAUGGUGGCCUGAAGCUAUUAGGAUCACACAACUGGCAUGGUCCAAUUCAAAACUGGCACUGAGCUCGGGGCACCUGGUGACGAGUAUAAUAUAUAGAUUUAGCUAGGGCUAAAAGCGAAGCUCUCUUUAAUAUUUAUGGAUUGGUUAUGGGCGUACGCUACGUCAUAACCAAAUUUUAUCGGAUGGAUAGUUUACCAAAUUUUCUUACCCAUGGUGCUCCGCUGGCGCGCUUCGCGCGCGAGAGCUCCGCUAAUAAGUCCCUGUGGAGGGAAGGGAGUGUAGUCGGACAAUGAGUUGAUUCUUUUAGCCUUCUGGGACUCCCUUCCCUCCACACGGACUUAUCUUACUCACCCAUGUUUCACUAACAGAGUAAUGGUGGCCGGGGAUAGUUGUAAUGAAUUUAUGGUAAUUCCUGUCUUCAUGGUGGAUGCUACAUGACCUUGAAUUCAAAACAUUUUGAAAGUAGCAUUUAGUAAUCAAAUAAAAAAAUUCCAGCUGAAGCUUUAAAAUAGAAAAGUUCAUGAUAUUGCCAAUGCACAAAUUAGCUGAAUAACUUUGAAGCAUUCAGCUAGAUUGGAGUUACUGAUUUGGUUAUGAAAUGUUGUGGUGCUGACAAGAUGCUUAAUAUUAAACAUGUAUGUCUGUUCCAUAAUUUUUUUGGAUGAAAAACUGAUUAGCCAGCUUUUUGCUACUCACAUGUAAAGCACCCAACAUAAUUCUAAGCUAAAUAAAUUCUUUUCAAGGUCUCAAUUUUAAAGCGUGGAUCAAUGAUCAACUUGUACAUCAUUUUAUAACUUUACACAAGUUUUAGGUGACUUUUUUUACUUAUAUUUAGAGGAAGCCAUUGUAAUUGAUAUUGUUAUUUUCUCUUUUGUAGAUCAUUGAUAAUUAUUACAGUUUUCAAAAUCAGAAGGUGAAAAGACAGUCCAGACGUUCCAGUGCCUCUCUUCAUAAAGGGCUUGCGAUGGAACCGAAAGUAAAUACUUUAAACUGAAUUGUGGAGUUCAGUUGUCAGUCUUUCAUGUUUAUUUUAUUUUAUACCAGUGAUGUGAUCUUAAUUAAAAUUACACGUAAAUGUGUGUGGUACUGACAGUGAGACUGUAGAUUGCAUUGUUUAAGAAAAUAUCCAUGCUUGAGUGUUUGGCUUGAACCCAGACCCCUUCGGAAAUUCCAGUUUUGCUAUAUAAAAUUAUUUUCCUUUAAAUUUGUUUUGAAGACCUACCUUCCUCUCAGUGGGGUUUGGUAAGGAUAUUUGCAGCAACACUUCUCUGCUCCAAAUAAAUUUUCAUACAGGUGAUUACUACCUGACAUAUUUCGGUAUGAAAAUAAAUUUGCAAAGCACACACAAUUCAACGUGUCAAGCCAUUAUACCGGUAUACAUUAUUUUACUGUUACAUGGCUUAAAUGUGAUUCAGCAAACCAGUUGUAGAAACUAUGCAUUGGUAUUUUUAAUGUUCCCCUAGUGCAGCAGUAAUAGUGGUUACCAUGGUAGUAAGGAUACAACCAUGUAUAUUAUUGGGGCUGAAUAGGCAGAUCCGUGGAGGACCCGUCAAAGAAAGGUUUGGCUCGCCUGGCUUCCUCCAGGGUAGCUAAGUAGAUAUGGCCAUGAAGCAACCCACUGGUGGUCUGUGAGUUCCUUUCCACUCUGAUUCAAGGCAUCAUGACAGGCUUAGGCAGGGCACGAAAUUGCACCAGAUACAGUUGCCAAUGCACCUAAGUUUACUGUGCUGGUGACCAAGAUUCAAAAGUUAGUCGCCAUGUUGGCGACCAGAACUCCAUACAUCCUAUACUUUUAUGUAUUGUGUGAUAAAAUAAAGCUUGAAGGUAGAUGAAUCCCUGUGAACGACUAAGGUUUGUAGCAAAAUCGUCAUGAACUUUACGAAGUGAACAUGUCAAUGUCCUCCGUCUUGGAUUUUCCAAAAGUAAUGUUGUAUAUUACGGAUUGAAAUGUCCCUUUUGCAAGGCGUAUUGCAGGCUCACAACAUUCCAUUCUUUUCCUAUUCCACAUGCUCUCACUUAGCUUUAUUGUGGAGUGAAUUCCAGUGUUUCAGUUGUUGGCAGAAAUUACAAUAAAUUAUAUUAUUAGUGUUGUUAGUAAGGUACAUGUAAUGCUGGAACACUAUAACCGGUUAAGCAUGUCUUGGAAAUAAUAUAGCAUAUUUAAAUAAAGUUCAGAUAAUUCUGUUAGAAGCUGAAACCAACAAAAAAGGGUCUGUUUAUUUCAUUCUGGCAGUUGAUGGAAAAAUGCAACUUGUUACUGUUUUGUAGUUGUAAUAAUUAAAAGUAAUUUUCCUCUAUGUUUAUUUACCAAGGAGCCUUUGAAUUUGGAUUAUUUGUUUGUAUGAUUACUCAUCCUGAUCAAUUUGUUAUGUGCUUGACUUUUUCACCCUUGGCUACUUAAUGAAUUAGAUUUUGUAAGCGAGGCAAGAAAGAACUACUGCAAAUAUAUUGAUAUAUUCAUGGAGAUUUGACAAGUUUCGUGUCCUGUUGGGUCUGUUGAAGGUCUUGUCUUUUAGCUUUGGAAAGGCUAAGGGCUGGUGAUCACUGAUGAUGUCAUCCCCAACCCACUCACAAAUGGCUACCACCUGUGGGGCAAGAGGAUGGCUUAAGAUGUCGUUAGAGAAUGGUAUCCUCUUGCAUCAAUGAGGUGACACCCAUCUUAAAGUCAUCGUCUUGACCCCAAACAGACCUUGUCUGUCUAAUCAAUAAUCUAUAUGCAUGAAUCCUAUUUUAGCAGUGAGUUAAGUUGCAUAAAUUGGUCUAGGUGAGACCACAUUACUACUUUUGUGGCUUCAUCACAAUGUCAUUAAUUUGUGAGUCAGAAUAGACAUUCAAGACAAUUCAGUGAGUGAUGGCUUUAUCACUUCAUUGCAGGUUCAAAUGGUUGAACAGCAACUGUUGAAGUCUUUUAAGUUGCUCUCUGAGUCACAAGUCUAUCGUUUCAAUGAUCGAAGGUGGCCUGAUAUGUGGUAUAUUGUAAGUGCAACUGGUUAUGUUUUUUAGUGUAAUGCAGUUCCAAGAAAUUCAGGGCAAAUCAAACCCUUACUGAAUUCAUGCAGCAUGUUGAUCCAAUAUAAUUAUCAUCCGGCAUUGUUGGGUGGUGUUGGAUAUGUUUGAUUGGUUUAGCUUUUUAUGCAGUUGACUUAAAACCAUCAGAACGUGACAUGAGCUAGAACCAUCACCUUGCAACUUUUCAUCGGAGAUCAUGAGAAUAAAAUAUUUCAUUUACUAAAUAUGUAUGUAUAAUUCAGUGUUUUUGUAUGAAAUUCUAAUUUAGAUUAUGAUUGCAAUGCUAUAAUUAUCCUCUUCUCACAUUUUAUGCUUAAAGAAAAUGUUGUGAAACAAGGGAAGCUUUUUUGUUGUAUCCAGAAUAGAGCUGAUGGACCUACAUACAACGUGAUUGACGCCUGGAACAGUAAUAUUACAGGUAAGGGAGUGGUUGUUGCUGUGGUAGAUGAAGGAUUUGACCCCCAACAUCCUGAAAUUUAUGACAACUAUUUGCAGGUGAGCCAGUACAUUUUAAACUCUGCAAAAGUUUAAAUUAGUCGUUCAGUUUUUAGUUCAUCUAUGUUUGACCUCAUUAUAAAUUUUAAUCAUCUUUCUGAGGGCACAAACACUGUAUCGGAAGUACCAAUAGACUUGUGAGUGUAUUUGACAAAUGAGAGGAUUUUUGAGUGGAGAAUCACACAUAUGAGAUUGUUUCAGUUGCCUACUUUUCAUAAAGAUUGUUGAGAUGUUGGGCUUUCUACAGUGUGAUACCUGGUUAAUACGGAGCCCGAGGAGACAGACAUGUCCUAGUGUCUGUAUCAUCCAUGUGUGCGUAAAAGGGGGCUUGUUAAAAAAACUUAAAAUAUGUGUAACGCAAAGCCCAGGUAAAGGGCCAGGUCUGGGUUGUUCAAAGCUGGGUUAAGACAACCCAGGGUUAGUUAAAAAUUUAAAUUCAGAUAUGAAAGCUUAAAUUAAGUAAAUUCAGUUUAAUUCUUUUGUCAACAAGUUGAUGAUUGGAUGCUCUCAAAAAUAGAGAGAAAGUUAUCCGAGAAAAUGCUUUUGAAAAAGGAAAAUGAAACCCGGGUUAAAUAUAACCCUGGGUUAAGGCUUAAUUGGCCUUCAAACAACUGGGCCCAGGAGAAGAAAUAACGGGGGAAAACCCAAGAGGAAAAAAAAAUUGGAAAAUAUAAGAAUAAAAAAAUACGGCUUGCCCAGAAUCAAACCCUUGGCCCCUAUCUUGAGUUAGAUCAGCACCCCCCUUGUCACUACAUUACUACUCACAUUUGGUUUCUUAUAAACAAAAGUUAAGGUUUGGUGCAUUGUUUGAAUGAUGAGUUAAUCCUUUGAGGCAGUUGCCCCUUUACAACGAGUAUCAUCAAUCAACUUCAAAUACUAGCAUUUUUUAACUUGUUCUUCAUCACACGGAAGUGGAGGCGUGUGUGGCCGAGCGGUUAACACCUCAAACUCUAGAUCUGGAGGUCCUGGGUUCAAACCUCGCCCGUCGCGUUGUUUCCUGAGACAAGGAACUUUACUCCACUUUGUCUCUCUUCACCAAAGUGUAUAAAUGGGUACAGGCGACAUACUGCUGGGGGCUAACCCUACGAUGGACUAGUAUCCCGUCCAGGGGGGAGUAGCAAUACUCCUAGGCUUGCUUCGUGCUACGGAAACCGGUAUAAGCUCCAGCCGUGUGGGCCUUUGGCUCGUGUGCGCCUUUGCCUUACUUACCUUACAUCACACGGAAAGCCUUGUCUAACAGCCUAAGGCUGAAAACUUAUUAUUAUUAUUACAAUUAUAAUUAUAAUUAUAAUUAUUACUAUUAUUAUUAUUAUUUAUCCUUCACUUGCUUAUCAGGCUAUUUCUGAGUUCUAGAAACUGUCACUUUCAAAACGAGGCUUAGUGCAAAACCUUUCUUGUGAAAAUGAGCAAGUACAUCCUUAGCCUUGCACGCAGACGUUCUUAUUAGUUCGUCACGCGUUCCUUUGUGGGGCAGCAACGCGUGAAGAACCCCUGAGAACGUCUGCGUGGGAGGCUAGCACAUCCUAGUUCGCAAAAUGGAUUUUUUUUGCACUCUAAUUUGUAGGAUGGAAGCGCAAGUUUAGAUGUUGUUGACAAUGACACUUCUCCUUUACCAUCAAGUGGCGACCAGCUUCAUGGGUAUAAUUAUGACGAACAACGUGUUGAAUUUUUAAUCAUGGGGUAACAUGUAUUAAAUGAGCAAAGAAAAUAGUUGAACAUUUUGAUCCAACCUUUGCUAACGCUCGCUGGACAUCUUUUAGUCUCGACCGUUAAAUGGCCGUGCACCUUUUAAAUGUGUUAGACAAUAGUCUUUUUGGUAACAUGUUAUAUUUAGGGAUGUCCUUGUGAUUAAGACUCUGAAGUUUUGUUUAGUUUUGGUGCCAUACUGUUUAUCUUUUAUUUUUCAUAAAAAAGAAUUCUCACUAAUUGAUCCUGUCUCAUUACAGCUGUAAUUUUAACUGUAGAAUUACAAUGAAUAUUUAACAAUUAAUGAAUGAGGCUGAGUGUCUUAUGAAGAAUUAUGGAGAUCGAGAACACCGUCCGACAUCUCCAUAAUUCUUCAUAUGAUACGAAAGCCGAAUUCAAUAAUUGUUUUAUUAUUCAUUCAAAAUAAUUCCUAGUUUAAAAACAAGCUAAUCAAUGGUUACGUCCUUCGAUGUUAAGUUCAUCUUCGAUAGUGCACAUUUAGAGUUGUUCAGCUCUGCAGAUAUUCUCCAAAUAGCAGGUGUUGCCCUUCGACUUGUCCUCUUGCUGUUCUUGCCAUGUUUUUAGCAAUUAUUUCGCCUAGUUCUUACUCUUAGAACGAGUGAAAUGUCCGCCAUUUUUGUUUUCACAACCAACACAACUUAACCUCAUCCCCAGGUCUUCUCGGUUAACGGUGCAUUAACCUGCAAGGACGCUGCAUUUUUUACGUCAUCGGUUGAUUAAUCGCAAAAUUCUUCCAAAUUUGGUCAUCGGUAGCUGGUUAUGGGGAAUUAUGCGUGUGCUUUUAGCCAAUCGGGGAAAUAUUUUGAAUGAAUAAUAAUAAAUUUUAUUUAGACAUGGUGAAAAGAGUGCAGGAGUAAUUUGUGCUGUGGCCAAUAACAGAGAAUGUGGUGUAGGACUGGCAUUCAAUGCCAAGCUUGGAGGUAAGUUUUGUGUAGGUGUCGAUUAUUGCCUUUCUCUUAUUAUUCUUAAAUGAAGUCAUGUAUCCUAAAUCUUGUGCAUAAUGCAGUAAAGAGAAGCUGAAACAUUUCUUGUAACUAACCAUUAGCCUACACGAGAGGCAUCUUGGCCGAACGGUUAAAGCGCUGGGGUAGCCAUUCAGAGGCCCUGCUGAGUUCAAGCCAUUGUUUUAGGGUCCGGAAACAAUAGCUACACUUGUAAAUUACACUUGUAAAGGUUUUAUUGAAUUGACCCUAGGUUUGUUGUAACCAUGUGUGAUUAUUAGUCUUUCUCAAGUGUAUGUGUUUGGCCCAAUCGGCGUUUGCAACAUGAUAUAACUGCUGCGGCCGGUACCAUUUCCUUUACUGACCCUGUACUGCUUGUGGUUGUCACUAAGCAUUUAUCUUUGGUUAUUCUUUUAAGGCAUUCGCCUGUUUUUUAAGAAGAAAGCAUCCGAUGCUGACACCGCAAGAGCUCUCAGCCACGCUACAAAUCUCAUUGACAUAUAUUCAAAUAGUUGGGGACCAAACAGCAAGGGGCUUGAAGUUGAGGGCCCAGGUCCCUUGACUCAACGAGCAUUAAAAAGUGGCACAGAAAAGGUGAGUUAAGUUACUUCUAAAUAACAAAUGAACGGGUGGUGGAGAUAUGGCAAAUACCAUUAGAAUUUUAUUAAGGUUAGUUCCUCGAUCUCAGAUAUAGCCUGUGAGCAAGUUCUUCAUUUGGGGGAUGUCGUGAAAAGUAGACGCGCGAGAGGCACGCGAGAGGAGAUGCUAAAGCCAGAGUCAGGGGAGAGAAAGGAGAGCGUGCAACGAUCACUCAUAAAUUUUCAUUUCCAUCCCGGAAACCCCGGGACACUGCAAAGCGUGAACUGUCACCGCAGUUGGCCGCAGAUUAGAAAAGUAACAACCACCUGUCAAGAUUAGACAGCCGGGGGCGCGUAGAAUUUCUUUUUUUAUGAAUCGCUUUUGCAACAGCUUUCCACUCAUCAAAGUAACGUUUUUGACCAGUGAUAUUUUUUUUAUCCAAGGGACAAAGAACUUCAAUGUGUCCGCUCGGAUAAGAACUCGAUACUUUGAUUCUCAUUUCGUUUACAUUGAAAAGUCGUCCACGGCUCCCCGUCGCAAUCACCAACAUCGAUAUAUUUGUCCGUUCCGGAACUGGAGAACAGCGUUUUCCUGGACUAGGUUUCUUACUUUUUAGUCCAGUUGCUUACUACUCUUUCUCUUAUCCUUCUUGACAGUCAAGCUGAACAGGCUACAUUGUCAUGUACAUGUUUCUGAAUUUUUCUACUCAGUGGAAUUCAAUUGGGUGAAGAAACCGACGUUGGAAGGCAGCGCUUGAACCGGGCGCUUGAAUCUCUCUUCACUUUCUCUCUUCUCGUUUCCAGAACUAAACAAGGCGCUUGACACAAACGAAUACCACUGAUGAAGGGUACUGAUUUUCAUUCCAAAAGAACUACAAACUCGGUACGACUUAUCCCCGGCUCGCAAUAUGCUAUUGGCAAUCCAACACUUUCACACGUACAGCUUUGCAUCAAUUACCUCAAACGCAACCUCGUUCCCAGGGUUCUCUCCUACCCCUACGUAGGGCGGGUAGGAGAGAACCCUGGGAACGAGGUUGAGCGAUAUUUUCUACCUCUGCCGGUCAUCUUUUACGGAGUGAGUUCAGCGAUCGCUUCGCCGCUUGCUCGCUCGCGCGUUCUCGCUUCGUUCGCCCAAAUAAGAGAGCUUGCUCGCAGGCUAUCUCAGAUACAGUCGAAGCUCUCCUUGCGGCCACUUUCGUAAGCGACCAGCUCUAGUUACGUCCACCUUUGUGAAACCCCGUUUAAACUCUGACUUAAACUUUGUAAUGAAAAGCUCUCGUGAGUGACGGCGAUCGCUUUUGGGAUUACCCAAUCGGACUUUUCCUUUGUUUUUAAGCUCUCGUAAGCGACCACUCAGAGUCUUGUUCAUAUACAUCCGUGAACACCCGAUAAAACACGAACUGUGGGUUUAUUGAACGGCUUCAAAAUCCUGUGAUCUAGAUCAACUCAUUCUGCCACUAAUAUUUGGAUUUGGGGUUAUUUUGGUCUAAAAAAUUGGAAGUAAAGUUCAGCUGCGUCGAUAUCACAUAUAAAGACACUCAUUAAGCAUUAAUUUCUUUUGUUUUUUCUUUAUGAAUUAUUAAUGACUUUCCGAAGCUCUCGUAAGCGACCACCGUCUAUUGUUUUACGAUGCGGACGCUUGCGAGAGCUCAUUCCGUAAGCGACCAGCUCUAGUUACGACCACGUUUUUGAAUUUCCGAGGUGGUUGCUUACUAUAGCUUCGACUGUAUUUCUUUUGAUUUGUUACAUAACAGAAGAAACCAAUCUUAAACGUACUAGCAAUGCUGGCGUGAACUAGCGCGAAUGUUGUGGGCCUCGUAUAUUCACAGGAAAACUGCUUACCAGGUCUUCGUUUUUCGGCUCUGAGUAUACUGUAAAUCAAAAAAAAUCUAUUUUUAGCCUCCAAAAUGGUGCCAUUUCAGUAAGAACAAGAAGUGCUAUUUUUGGGUCUAAUACAUUUAAAUUUUCUAAGGCUGAUUUGGACUCUUGGGCUGAAAUGAGUUCCAGAAUGGGCUGGACUGGAUAUGUGAUAAACCUUUUGGGUUCAGCUCAUGGUCAAAUGGCCUUAUGAGAGGCAAAAUCAGACUCUGCGAUCACAGGGCUAAAUUGGCAUUUUGGGGCCGAAACAGAUCUUUUUAGUUUUACAGUGUGUGAAAUUUGGCCAUUCUCAGACUUAAUAGGAGUAUCCUAGAUAGUAUUAUUGUCAUUUUUAAUCGUCGAUAUAAUCAUCAUUUUUGCGGGCGACAAGAGGAGCCCGCAAUCCUAAUAUCCAGGUUGCUACUACGCAUGCACAUACCCUCAAGAAGGAAGCAUUGCCGAAACGUCGGUUACGACUCUUUUGAACAGCGUCGAUUUCACAAUUUUCAAGUAAGGAAUAUAGCCAGCUUCGUUUUCACUUCCACUAAGAAUGAAUGGAAUGCAUAGAGCGCAAUCUCAUCACGCGCGUUUGGACCUUCUAUCGGUGAAGCAAGAGCGUUUUGACCGUCGAUCGUUGUCACCCGCAAAAGCGCAUUCUGUCACCUUUGGUUAUUACUAGUAAGUAGUUUUAAUCACAUUGGAUUGCCUUACUAGAGUAGUAUACUGAGUGUGGACACUCCCAGGGGUGUUCACUGAUGAAAUUACGCAUAGAUCCGAUGACGGCGACGGCAACGAGAGCGUCAAAAAAAAAAGCAAAACGAGAACUCUAUAUGUGCAGUGCGGUUUUUUAAAAUAAAUUUCUUUGCUGUCACUGCUCGUCUACGGUCGUUUUAUGGAGGAUGUCAACAAGCCACGACGAAAUUUUAUUUCUCUUUUUGAACUUGGAUAUCGUUCUUAGGAAUUCAAAUCAGUUCAAGAUUUCGCCUACAUUUGAGAAAGUAGGUGGGUUCGAAUAAUCGCGACAAAAACUGAAAGAACGUUUUUCGCUGCCGUUCCCCGUCCUCGGAUCUGAAGACCCCUUGUCUGUGUCAGUAUAUCUAUCUCCGUGAUUAUAGCCUUUUAAACUUUUAGGGACGUAGAGGUCUUGGAUCAAUCUAUGUGUUUGCUGCGGGUAAUGGAGGUGUCCUCGUCAAAGACAGUUGUGCGUUCAAUGGCUACGUGAACAAUAUAUACACAAUUGCAAUAUCGGGUAUAAAGAGCGACGGUUCCAUUCCAGCAUUCGCAGAACCUUGUGCUGGCAUUAUGGCGGUAACCUACACAAAGGAUAUGUUUGGUACCAGAGAAGUGGUAGGUAAAUUAAUGAGUUAUAUAUAGAAGUACAACACUUAAUAUUCGAGAGAAACCAAGGUUAUAUAAGUUUUGUUUCAAGGCAGUGAUUUCUCUCCAGAUGGAGAAGAAGCAAGUUGACCAAUUUAGAUUUGAAUGAAUUCAUCGACCUCCAUUUACGCAAAUCCUCGGGUAAUUGAUAGUUGGUUUGGGGGAGAGGCAAAGGGAAUCUACAAGAGAAACCCAUGGUCCUCAUUUUCAAAGAUUUUUGGCAAAGGUAUUUAAACAUUUCGAUUGCAAGGAGCCUAAUUCGGCGUAUGAAAAGCCUGUCCCACCUUAUCUCUUGCAAUAAAGGGUCGAAGUUAGACUCAUAACUAGAAAAAGUGAUGGUCCUAGCUGCACGGUUUUGGAGUUUUCGAAGCUUCAGAGCCAGUUUUGAGCCCAUACCCUCCCAAACAACGCUGCAAUAAUCAAAGUAUGGUUGGAUAAAAGAUUUGUACAUUGUUUGGGGGCUCGACUAGGGAACGAACUUAGUAUAUUCUUGUACUAUAAAUUUGCAAUCUCGAAGUCGAACUCCUUGGUUAAAAUUUUUAUCAUAAUUUAGCUGUAACCCACACUCACUGUUCAAGAACCAGCGUGAUUUUGCUUGGCUGAACAGGUUCUUACAUUUUUAGGUAUUAAAGUGGCAAAUUUCUGCCAGCAGGAUCUUGUACCACUAGGCUGUUGCACGCGGGUUUUUAUUGUAUUGCCUACACGGUAAUUUUUAAUUAUAACUGCAAAAGGUAAAAUUUUAGGUCAGGAAACCCCUUUUUGGGGUUUUUUGACCUAAUUUAAUCGAAUUUGGGGUCAUUUUUUACUCCUGAAAAAGAGUUCUUUUUACUCCCAGUCUUGGAGUUAAAAUUAUCCGAAAAACUUUUUACAGGGGUUGUUUUUACUCUUUUGGAGUUAAUUUAACUCUGAAAGUGGAGUAAAAAUUUUAGGUACAGGAUAACUCCUUUUUUGGGGUUAUUUUAACUCCUCAAUAUCUGGGGUCACUUUUACUCCUGAAAAAGAGUUCUUUAAACUCCUUUUUGGAGUUAAAAUAACUCCACGAAAAAUAACUCCACUGUAAGGAGUUAAAUUAGCCCCACUAGAGGAGUUAUUAUAACUCCCUGAAAAUUACAGUGUAAUUAUAACUGCAGGCUUCUCAAAGUUUCGUGACCAUCGUGCUAAAAGCGAACAAGUUAUGAAACUUUUGGGGGUGUGUUCGAGCAACUCGCUCGCUAAGCGAUGAGGUGCCGAAAGUAUACUUCUUACAUCUUGGUCUUUAUUCGUCUUGAUUUCUGCAGCUCUUACAACCACAACUAACUCAUAACUCUAACUCCCCUCUGAAUCCUAACUCUCUUACUAACAAGUCAAAUAGUAACGGUUUUUAUAGCCAGAGCUGGUCAUGUUUGAGUCAGCUGACCGUGGGAAUAAAAACAAGGUAAACUCGCGGCUGUGUGGGUAAUGUUUUGGUAUUACUAUCCCUACAUGGUUGCGAUCGGCACACUAGAAGCUACAAACCAAUGAAGAACUAAAACGCCGGUUAACAAACCCAAACAGGAACUUCAACGAAACUAAUGAACCAAAGUCAGCUCUAACAUCACAAACACGUCCAUCUAUGUAAAACUUACAUCUGACAAUGGCAAGCGUAGAAUAUUCCUAAAUUGACAUUAAGCAAGCUCUCGAGCUAAGCAAAAAUUCAAGUACAAGUAAAAGCAAAAAAUUAACACAGGAAAAUACCUAUGUGUACAAAAUCCAGACUAACCUCGCUAGGACCCACGUAAUGAAACAAAAACGAAACUUAAAAGAUGAGACAGAUCUUAAAAACUUAACAACAAAACAAAGUUGUCAUAUAGUUCGAUGCCCGUGUUAUAAUAAUGGUGCCAUCUUAAGAUCUUGUUUUACAAGGGUCCGGAUAAAUUUUGAGCGGGCAGACGGAUCCGCCUUUCGUUCACACGGGACGCACGGAAUCCCGCACGUUAUUGAACGGUAAACUCUGCAAUUUUUCUACCUGAUCAGAAUUAGGUUCAAAAUUUUUUACCUGUGUAUGGUUCCACUUUAACGCAGACUCGGGUAAACACCUGAGCCGUGUGCGUUUUUGCCCAGUUUCGUUUGCGCGGUAAAAGCCUGAAGCCUAGUUACGUGCCUUUGAUGAGUCACAAUCGUGUAAAUAGUACUGUCGUGGAGUCGACUGUUAAACGCGAACACUAAAUCAACGUGAUAAAACACAGAAAUAUCAACUCAACUGUUCUCAACGCGUAAGAAUCAAAACACAUGACUUCAUUCCUCACUGUCACGUGUUCAUUUAACUGUUAAUCAAAAUCGCACCUAAAACCGGAAGCGGAAGUACAAGUACUGUAAUCUGCAAAAGAAUUUGCGCGGUUCAGUGUAAACGGACUGAACAGGUAACAAACUCGUGUGUUGAAAACUUUGUCCGGAUCCGUGUAAACGGGGUCUAUGAAUAAUUCACAUGAUAGAAGAAUUGAUGAAUUGCUCUAUUAAAAAAAAUUAUAUUGUACUCAUUUAUUGUUGGUCAUCUCAGUCAAGGUUGUGAUGUUUUAAAUUUUUGUGGGCAAAGGUUAAUACGCCAAACAUAUACAUCUCAUUUGUUAUUUACAGAUUACUGCUGAUACAAACAAGGCCUGCACAGGGAACUUUGGUGCCAGCUCAGCCGCUGCAGCAAUGGCCUCUGGACUCAUAGCCUUGAUGCUGAGUGCAAAGUGAGUUUUCCCUCUUAAAUUGUGGACAAUAAAACCAACAUAUGCCCUUGAUACUAUGUGUUAACUGUUCACUCUUACAUUUCCUUGUACGAUUGUGGGUAUUCAGUUGGUAUCUUCCUCACUAUGUGUAUUUUGUAACCAGUGCCGGAUCCAGACCUUGAGAUAAGGGGGGGGGGGGAUCAUCCAGACUCUUACAUAAGCGGGGGGGGCGGUCUCCCAAAAAAAUUUGUUCGGCCCUUCGGACUUCAGUUUGGUCUAAAAAAAAGGGGGACCCGGGCCCCCCGGGCCCCUCCCCUGGAUCCACCACUUUUAGCCAACACUGCAGUAUUUCAAACUAUAUGUAAAGAGAGGGACUAGUUUUCAAGGCAGGUAAUAUAUUUCGAUUUUUAUGCUGUCGCUUUAGUUACGUUCUUUCACGGGUUGGGCAUUUACCUGUUUGAGAUUUUACUUGUACUUGGUAGGGUUAAAACCUGAGAUGUAUCACUAGACCUACUGGUGUUAAAAUGACGUUUCGAUGACCGGAGUCGCGUCACACAAGAAUUACGUUUAAGGCCUUUAUCUUAGAGUUAGAGCUUAUCUAAUGUCGGAAGAGAGUUUCUUAGAUUUGUCAGCUCUGUGUAACAUAGUUUCUUUGCUUUAAGUGGAGACCUCUCUUGGCGGGAUGUCCAGCACAUCAUUGUGCGCACUGCGCGGCCAGACCCUGUCAAUAUUAACGAUGGCCACUGGAACAUCAAUAAAGCUGAUAUUAAAGGUAAAUGCUUGAAUUCUGUUUUAAGACAGAUGUUAAGUCCAAAUUGGUACGAACCUUUUGUUUAGUUUGAUGAAAUACAGGCUUUUUUCCAGUCAGAGUCAGUUAUUUCUGGGGGGCAAAAGCGCUAAGCCCAUGCAUUCUUUGUUAAAUCCCGAGGUUUUAAUAUCAUAUUUUAAAGGGUAUUUGUUAUCAGUAUUCGGUAAUUCGUACAGAAACGUUUUGGAGAAGGGUAAUUGUGCUAUAUAUUGAUUAGAAAACGAGGAGUGUAGGGUACUUAGGAAAAAAAAAACGGGUAAACGACGAUUCACCCUUAAAGUGAAUUACCAACAGCGGUUUUUAACAAAUUACACUGAUACCACACGCCAUGAAGACAAAAUCAGUUUUAUACUCGUACAUGAAUCUAAAUCAUGAGAAAAUUUAGACAGCUAAAUCUUGAGGCAAUCUGCUUUCGUGGUCACCGGUAGCGUGAGUUCUGAUGACAUUGAUUGAUUGAUCAUCAUCAUCAUCAUCAUCGUCAUUAUUAUUAUUAUUAUUAUUAUUAUUAUUAUUAUUAUUAUUUCAUUUGUCUUUUCUCUGACUUGUUUUCCGAUGCAGUUAAUGACUACGUUGGGUUUGGUCUCAUGGAUGCUAAGCGGAUGGUAGAUGUUGCAGUCAAGUGGAAAAGAGUUCCUAGCAUUGUUACUUGUACGAUCCCGCGUCGUAGCGUUAACCGGUAGGGCGUAGUGUAAAUUCCACCCCAAUGUCUUUUCAUUUUUUAGUACUAAAAAACUAGACUCAACAGCAUAUACAGCCGCUGGUGGCUUAAGAACCCAACCGAGGAGAACAAAGAAACGGUUUGGGAUUACAAGUAAUAGAAUGCAACGGGUUCCAUAAUGCCAGGCGAUUAGUAUUGACACUCGAUUUUGGUUUCUAUAUAUAUCUCCUUGUCUUUCAGUCGUAUCGGCUCUACAGGGACUUCCAAAGAAACAAUCGAUUUAAGUAAAUGGGACGAUAUUUGCGGCGACAAAAUAAACUACCUUGAACACGUUGAAGUCAGUGUCAACUUGACCUACACACUUCGUGGGGAGUUACUGAUAAAGCUCACGUCUCCUCGGGAAACUGUGUCCAACCUUACACACUACAGAGAGGCUGAUGCUGCGUUUGGAGCAAAGGACUUAAACUGGGUUCUCAUGACGUUACAUAACUGGGGAGAGACGGCCAUUGGGCCUUGGACGUUGACCAUGGAAAAUUCCCAUCCGGAUCAUAACAAUACAGGUAGGUUGGCAAUAUCGUGGAGACUGAACGUAAACGUGGAAUAAUCACUGAAAACUGUAGUUUACUGGGGCUCGUUUCUCGAAAGUCUCGAUAAUUAGCGGGCCCGUAAAGCUGUUUUGGUUUACAUGCAAGAUAGAGAAUUCAAUAGUUCUGCAUCUAACAUGAUAAAACUAUCAGUUACGGAAACAAAAUGGAGUAGUUUGCUAGCCAGGACCAGCGCUCUUAUUCUUUAUAUUUCGAUUUGAACAUUUAAUUUCGGACCCGAAAAGUUACGGGGACUUUCGAGAAACGGGCCCCUAGUAACUACCCGACGUGUGGCUUACUUCCCAGCCAGACUGUUUUGUGUGAUUCCAAUUUUGGGCAAAUCGCCUUUAUGAGAGCAAACUCACUUAGCAAUACAAAGUUAGACGCGUCAAGGCAUACAGUAAAACCUCGUGACUAAGAACCUGGUAGGGUAAAAUUUGCCAGUUAAGCCCCCUCCAUAUAAGAACCUGUUUAACCUAAAAUUUGAAUCAGGUUCUUAUUUUCUAAUAUAUAUAUUUAGCCACAGCUAAAAGCGAAGCUCCCAUUGAUAAAUUCAUAACUUAAAUCAAACAAUAAUUUUGUAUUCCACAAAUCAGUUAACGUAAGGGCACAUUCACUUUUGAGGGAAAAGCUAAGUGAUUUUGGAGUGAAACAAAUUUUGUAUCGACUUGAUAUAGCCUUAUAUGUACACCCAAAAAAUAGUCUUCUUGCCAAUAAAUCUGGGUGCGUGCAAACCAAUCUUUUAUUUUUUAUUUUAUACACCACAUCGUAGGAGAAAGAGUUCUACGAGGCGCUGUUUUUAUCAUACAGACCUCGUACAAAAUGCAGUAUUUCACAAUUUUUCAAGACAAAUUGCAUUCAUUGAAUAUUCAGGACCAUAUAGAGGCACGCGUGGACUUUUAAUUAGCGAAACCGUUCAAAAAAUUUCCAAAAUCACCUAUACGGCCAGCCGGUUCUAACUUUUGACAAGCGCCAAAUUUGCGAAGAAAUUUCAAAAGAGUUACGCUUCAACGUGAUAAAGAAUUUACUGAGUCUAUUUUUUGUUAACAGUUUUAUAACGAUGUGUAAUCUUAAAAAGCGUUUGAUACGCUUGGCAUUUUGAGUACUCCUGCGAGCAAUGUUUAUGAACGCCUGAAAACAAACGGCAAAGCGAUGAAAAUUACACUUUUGAGACUACCAAAAAUCAGUAAAGAAAAAUAAUUCGAUAGAACAUUUACAGAGACAACAAUUUUCAUUCACGAAAACAAAUGAGUAUUUUUAAGUGUGUCUAAGAAUCCUCAAGUCUUUACUAGUAAGCUUAAAGUUUAUGUUUUAAGCCGCCGGUUUCCCGGUGUUGGCUGGUUUAAAAGAUGAACUCACGAAAAGAAAAUCGUUCAAAGCUUUCUUUCUACAGCCAAAAUUAUAACUAAAUAUUCUUCGGAAAGUUUUUUCUUUCUAUUAAAGGUGAAUUAAUAUCGACUAAAGGCUUUUUAAAGUUCUGUAAGGUUAAGCUUAUAUCAAACCUCAUACGAGGCCAGAUCAGUGUCUCAGUCAAAUCUUAUUACAAACGUGCAUAAACUAGCUUCAUAAACUGCGCCGCUGGACUUCAUGAAAUUAGAUUUAGAUACAAUAAUUACUCAGGCUUACCAUAUUUCGAGAUGCAGCUCCUGAAAGCUAUCAAGUAAGGCAAGGAUCGCUUGAGCCUUUAUAAUUCUCGUACGCAUCCAGCAAGGUGAAAAACAAAAACGAUGCCAUCCGAAAUCGGAUUAUCGGCUUUGACAAGCGACGCAUUUUUCAACCAAAAACCCAAUAAACAAACCAGCCAUGAAUAAGAGAACACUCUUGAUAGCAGCUGUAUUUCAUUUUGUACAUCCAGUGGAAAAAGACAGUUAAAAACAUCACAAGCUGACUGAAAACUCUGUCAGCUUCAGCUGUCAAAGUAAACAACUUUCAAGAUGCUGCAUAAAUUUUACGCAUGAACUCACCUGUCAAAUUUUAACCAAUCAGAGCAUAAAAAUUGGACGUGGAGCGUGACCAACACGUGCCCAUGGUAAGAUAAGGUCUUCCCCGCCUGUAUUUUAAAAACACUAGCUGAAUUUUUGCGUCUGAAGUCAGUUUGAAAUCAAAAUCGUAAUAGUGCGGGGCGAUACUGAUUUAAACACAACGUAUUUGAUAUGAAUUUAAAGCAAAAGUAAACGUGAGCCUGCGAUCAUUUGAAAACGAGUAAAUUGUCAGCGGAUAACUUCAAAAAAAUACUCGACCUCGAUGGGUCGACACCUGAGCCCGCGAUUCGGUUAGGUGAUAGUGGUCAGCGGAUACCCUGUUUUGACAGCUGUCAAUUGAUGACAACAUUGAUGUGCAAUCAGCUUUCUCCUGGGCUCCCAAAGUAGCUAGAAAGUGUGAGUAAACAUUGGUAUGCCUGUGGUGCGGACGGACGGUCGGUCGGUCGGUCACGUGAUUACCAAAUUUUCUGGGAUGGGUAGAUUUCCUUAGCAAUGGGGCUCCGCCCACGCGCGCGCGCUUCGCGCGCGCGUGGAGCUCCGCUAAAAUCUAGGGAAAAAAUUCUGUACGCUUGGGCAAAUAAGAAAGUCAACAUUCAGAAUCCUCUUCGGAGACAUAGGUGCCUUAUCAUUCCAACUGCAAAGUAAAUGCCAAUGUUUAAAUCAAAUAAAAUUGUUAUUGAUACAAUUACAAAUUAAAUACAGUUCUUCGUUUUAUGUUCAUUUUUAUAUAACUUCUAAUUUGGUAUGCAGAUUUUAUAUGAGGAAUAAGCUGAACCACUAAAUACUCUUAUCUAUAUUGCAUUUUUUUUCUUCAGAAAAUGAGGAACUUUUGAAGAACCUAGGCUAGUGCUAAUUACCAUUUAUAUAAGAGCCUGUUUUGGGUAACUUGGAAAAAUCCAGGUUCUUAGUCGCGGGGUGUUACUGUAUUAAGGGUAAAGGACCUACUUCCGGUUGACAUGCGUCGCUCAAAAACACCUUUCCUUAAGCUCCCUAAUAUUCAACCUAACCACUGAAAAAACCUGCGAGAUUUAUUUCCCGUGUGUAAGUUGGAGUACUGAGGGAACGUCCUAUUUUCAUUUGCCCUGCUUUGCCCGGUUUUUACCCCUUUUGUUGUACAGCAAAAAACCUGCAUAAAAGAGCCCCUGGUUUUGGCAGCAGGCUGAAAUGUUUUAAAUGGGCAUGGAUUUAAAACCAAUUUCAUUCAUGCCUGCAAUAAUCACCAAAAACUGUGGUUAUGGUUAGUGCUCCCUUAAACGACUAGACAAAUCCGGUAUCCAAAUGCUCCGCAUUUGCAACGAAUCCGGAAAACUCUCGCCUAGCCUUUUCGGGUGGUAAAUGAGGAUUUAUUAAGUCCAUUCUGUUUUGUUGUUAUUUUUGCUUGUUUUUUGGUCCUUUUCUCUGUUGACUUACCAACAAUCUCUGUGUUUGAUGGCAAGGAAUUCUUUUCGACUGGACGUUGAUUUUGCAUGGGACAACGCUUCAUCCACAAUCGCUACUUCCAGGCAGGAGCCCAAAGCCACCAACGAGUAAGAAACCAAGCAAGCCUGCAGGUGAGGCCCUGCUUAAUCGAAUGAUUUAUUUUCUAUUGUCUGAUCAUUUUCUCAAUCAGCCUGAUAUCACCAAGUGUAAAUGUUACAGACCACAGCAAAAUUAGUUGUCUCUGAAAAUUUGAGUUUUAGUAGGCCAACAAUGCCCUAAACACUACUUGAUAAAUGGGAAAACGGGCUGCACAAGUCAGGAUGACCAGCUUCUUUAACGUUUGAAUAGGCCAUUGUCCUAAUCCUCUGUUCUAAAGCGACGCUAACUGCGAAGAUAUUGAAAUGAGAUGAGGUUUUAUUUCAUUCCAAAAAUUAAACUCAUUUUCACCAAAAAGGUUUUGCACUUAGGUUCGUUUUGAAAGUGAUGGUUAACGGAAUUCUUAUACACCGCGUGCGUCGCCUUGUAUCAGUAAACUGCAAUCAGUCAAACUCCCUAGUGACGUCACGACAAGUUUUCUCACUGGUGAUUCACGGGAAACAUCGGAACUCUGAAGCCUUUCCCGGAAAAUGUAUAGAAUUUUAAUUGUUUUAUUUGAAACACAGCCUAUUUCGUCUUGACUUGAGACUCGAUGUAAUUUUAACAAGAGAGAGCGCUAUUUAAGUAUCAGCGAUGAUGUUAACAAAAUGAUACGCACCGCGCUCAUGUGGAGUCGCUCGCGAAAGGCACUGUGACCUGGCUUAUUCAAAAGUCAUGCUAGACGAUCCGUGAAUAAGUGGCCUCUGCGCAGUCGAGUCUACUUCAGCGUUCUGUGAUGGAUAAGACAUGACUAAGAAGCUUCAGUGGCGAAAUUGCAAAUUUUUCUCCAUUCGAGGACUUGUAAUUCUCAUGAGAAGCUUAAGGAGAAAAACCAAACCAAAUAUGGAAAGAUGAUCAGAAAGCCUCAGAGUCAUGGUGGAAUUUUGAUAUAUUGAACGUGAGCUAUUUGACAAGCGGCGGUCAGCUGAGAGUCAGGCCGCGGGCUCAAACUCCAGCCUUACCAUCUCUUAGGGGCCUUAAAAUAACUAAGAAGAAACUGCUGCCUUUGUACUGACUUCUGCAAAUGGUUAGACUUUGUUGUUUACUUCUAUAAUGUUCUGUAGGACGUGGGCCGUAGGUUCUGUUCUGUAGGAGGAUGGCCGAUAUAUAUACGCAAUUUGCUUUCCUUUACCUCGCUUCUUAUUGCUGGCUCAGUGAUGCUUGGAGCUCUUGUUUUUAUUCAUUCUUCUUACUGUUUGCAUAAGUUACGUUUUGUUAGAGGUGAUCACUGUUUUUCUAUUCAUUUUUGUUGGAAAGGAUCAACUUCUAAGUCUAUCUCGGUUUCAACCGAAGAAUUGUUGGCGCAAAGGGGGACAUCGCCACAGACAGGUGAGAUUUUAUCCUCUUCCACUUUUCUGCCAUUCAUACAAUCAAAGCCGAUGGCUUUUUUGUGUCAACCUUGCAACCUUUUGCCGCACCAUUGGUAGUUUGACUGAGUGGAGCAACUUGAAAACGUCGCGACCAAAUAGUUUGAGUCGAGUGGCAAAUGUGCUUGCGUAGGUUCCUAUGCGGAUUGCUCUGGAGAUUGAAAAUUUGGGUUAAAGUAUCAUUGAAAUGAUCUUUUGUCACACGAAAAAAAAGGCCAAAAAUGCUAUGUUCUGAACUACUUAAUUCACUGUUGCGAUGAAGCAGAUGUAAAAGAAAUUUUGUCAACUAAAAGAGGUUUUUCUGGAAGUUAGCCUGCACUGCAGGCGAACUUUUUGCGGAUGGGGUGGGUGGGAGAAUGGGGGAGGUGAGGAAAAGAGAAAGGGAAAACCGUGCCGGUGAAGGAAAUUAAAUUAUCGAACAGCCCUAAAUUAUAUGCGCUUGAUCGCUUUUUUGGAAUCCAUAAGAGCCGAUGAAAAUCGAAUCGAAACCGGAAUUACUUUCGACAACAACUUUAGUGAAAGCAUGUUUAAAGUUAUUUGAAAGAUAAGUUUGGGAGCCACUCUGGUAAACAAUUUUACUGCCCGACGCAAAAUCUGUUUCUACCGUCACGGAGGAAAGAUUCCUUUGGAAUUGUUCCUGCACACGUUUAUCGUCAAACGAGAUUAGUUUUGUCGUAGGAUGCAGAAGUCUUCGAAGACAUUCACAUCAAAUUCAGGGAAACUGAGCUGGUAGAAAGUUCAUAACUGCUUCGCGUGAAUUCACGGCUCAUUACGCAUGCAAGAAUGCAGAAAUGAAUCUGAAAUCUACAACUACAACAACGGAUUCAACUUUCGAAUAAGAAAUCUUGGGGGGUACGCUUGACGUGGCUUGACUGUAGGUGUAGUACGUGAUAUCAGGCUCUUUGAUGGUCAGAUUUGAGUUAUAAGUGCAAUGAUAUGAUUCAAAGAAACUUACGACCAUGCACAGGCUAAUUUGAUGAGGCUAUGGUCUGGUCUCGUGGUCGUAUUAACGGGGUAACGGGUACAGUCAACACUCUCUUAACGGACACCUCUACUAUAAGACGGACACCUCUCUAAGACAGACAUUUGGUGUUGGUCCCUGCCGUUUUUCAGUCAUUUUACUGUAACUUUACUCUCUACAAGACGGACAUCUCUCCAAGACGGACGACGGACACUUAUGAAACCGUCAACGGAGAAUUUAUGGUGUGAAGAAUAAUUCAAGACAGAAAUAUAGGUGCUCUAAAUGACAGUAAAUUGCAAAGUGUUUGAUAUUUUGUAGUCUUGCUUCAGUUCCUACAGUUCGCAGAGUGUGUACUUUUCGCCUUUACACCACGAAUCCACGAAGCCGUGAACGUUUGAUUGCACAAUGGGAAAUAAUUCCUUUUCUUCUGUUGCAAUGUUUCAGUUUUAGUAGUUUUGUACGAGUUAAACAGACGUGUAUUCACUGCGAAUAGGUUCCGCUUUGAGAUUACUGGUGUCACGUUACCUUGACUUUCUCGAUAAGCCGGACACCUCUCUAAGAUGGACAGUCAGGGCAGGUCCCGAAGGUGCCUGUCUUAGAGAGGGUUGUUCCUAUUCAAAAAUAAGGUCAAUGGAACCCACCCUUACUUUCUUUACUUCUGUGUGGCGACUCAAAAUUGUUUCAAGAUGCCAGAGUAGCCACCUUUCUAUUUGUCUUCUAAUGAAACUUUGUUUUUGUCCACUUAGAUUUGGCUGCUCGUGUUGGCUUAGGAGUCGGAUUGGGAGUUGGCAUUCUGCUGGUGGUGUUCGUCGUUGUAGCUGUUGUUGUUGUUGUUGUUAGAAGAAAGAAAAACAGGUGACUGAGUUGACUAUAAUGUUACGUAUCGUUUCUUAGAAACAUGAAAAUCUGUGGGAUUGCAGCCUUUUGACCACCCAUGAAAUUCUCUAAGUCUUCGCUUAACCUGUUAAGGAAAACACAAAAAAAAACUAAACAAAUCUCUCAUGAUUUAAACUUAUAGACCCGCCUUAAGAUUUUACUAUUUUUUCCUGUGGUGAGAUAUCGUAUGGCAGAAGAUAUUUUUAGACGGAGUUGUGAAAAACACCUAUUUAGUUCAUUCACUUGCACAUUGGAUGAAGAAUCACGAUGAGCUUUUCAAAGAUUUGUACGUGAAUGAUAUAGCAAAAGGCGCAAACUUGACAAUCAUUUUGGGGUGAGACUUUUUUGCAAACGCCGUGAUGGUUCACUUAUUAUAGCGAGUGCUUAGCAAAGUGCUCGGUGUCACCAAACUGCGCUCCCCGAAUUGUUCAGAAUGUCGUUUCUUUUUUUAUUCAACCACCAUGUUUUUGAUCGCUAAAACUCAGUUGUCAAAUAUCAGCGAAAGGUCUAUGGGUGUAUGCAUUUUUGCUGGUAUUUUUUUUUAUUAAAGAAUUUAGAGUUCUGUUCAAAUACCUUUCUCUUCUUGGCCCCUUACGAGUGAUUCAGGUAGACCUUUACCUCGGAAAGUUAUUUAUUUGGUUUACAAAACCUCUGUGAUGCUCAGGUGACAAUUCAGUAUCGAGGAAACGCUGAGGAAAGUCGAUACUUUACUCAAGUGUAUCUCACUGAACGGUCAGUUGACGGGAAGAGGGGAUGAUCUUGAAACAGAGGUAUAGUCGUUAUGACAUCUAAAGAAAUGCAGUGGUGCGUGGUCUUGUUGAUACAUUCUUUUCUUUAGGAGAAAUGGAAAGGGGGUGUCAACCUGUGCAAGAGUCACAUUGGUGAGGACCGAGGAGGACUGCGUUGAACUAUAGCGACAACUUUUGUUUAGGAUUGCAAUAUAUUUCGUUGAAGAAACUCCUCAGCGUGUAAACGAGCAAAAGAACCACAUUAGUGAGUGACCGAGGAAGACUGCGGCUGAUUAUAGUGAGAAGUUGCUUCGGUAUGAAAUGUGUUUUGUUGACGAAACUAGUUAUUUACGAACAUAUCAAACUCACGGUGGCGCAUCGAAAACUGAAUUGGGUAUUAAAGGGUAUAAAAUAACUGAGUACAGGUCAACGACAGGUCGAAAACCCAAAGUCGGUGGAGAAGCCGAACCAAUUAUCGCAGUUUAUGCUCUCUUCUUGCCUUUGAAUGUAGGAUAGCAAUAUUCAUUUGUAAAGAAACAAAUUACAUUUUGUUCUGAACAGCAAAUAGCAGCAUAGUCCAGGCGGUCCAGUAUUAGCUAGAUCUAGCUAGACAACAGAACGAUUUAAUAUCACGUUUACGUCAAUGGGCGAACGUCUAUUUGUACCACGUGACCAGGUUUUUCCUUAAAAUGUACCUGCCGUUUACUGUUCUUUAUAUCUACACAGAAAUAAGUAGUUUCAGGUUUUUUAGUCAGAUCAGGACUGUUUCGAACCACUGACGUGAAAUAAGGACCCUUUUAGCCUUUAUUUAAGAACCACUUUGGACGGUUUUAAUCUGCUCAUUUCUUAGUUUAAGAAAUCGUCAACUUACAUCCGACGUUUGCCGUUUGCUAUAAACACGAUUCUAAAUCUCUCUAAUGUUAAUGCAUUCUCGAGUUUUAUUGUAAGUCACGAUCCGUGACGUCAUGGAUUUAUACUUAAUAAGAAACGAUCUGUGUGUUAAGUUGGAGAAAGUCAAAGAACUGCGACGACAUUGGAUCCUGGGCUGUAUUAGGGUCUUGUAAAUGUGUUUGUUCUUGCGCGAAUUCGGAGAUAAAAAUAGGCCCUGUUUUGUCAAAUUAGACUUAAGUUGAUGAUCUUUUUUUGUGUUAUUUGGUUCAUGAAUGCUAUUGGGUAUUUUACUCGUGCUGGGUCCUGUUACUUGAAAAGUGCAGGAACCUUUUUUUGCGAAGCAAUUUCAUUUUUGUUUCCCUAACGCGUAGUCCUUUUGCAUUACUUUCCAAACCGUUAAAACCUCGUUGUUGAAUGAAACACGGCAACAGUAAGAGUGCCGAGACUUUUAACGGACCGACCCAAAACGAGAAAUUUUUAAAGCACGUCUUACCAAGCAAAGCACGCCAAGCUGGAAGAAUUUCUCGUUUUGGAAUAGCAGAGUGGUUCAAAACCAUUGUUUUUUAUUAAGGAGAGAGAGAAUAUGCCAAAAAAAUCAUUUGAUGAUAUCAGUUAUUAAGUUAUUGGCG